AUGGCAGAAGCAGAAGAGAAGAAGAAGCAACUCCCAGAAAUCCGGAAAGACGCCGUGAACAACCGGUGGGUGAUAUUCUCGCCGGCCAGGUCACGCCGCCCGUCCGACUUCAAGUCCUCCAAAUCCACAUCCUCCUCCGAUUCCAACCAGUCCUCCGCCAACUGCCCAUUUUGCAGUGGCAAUGAACACCUAUGCGCCCCCGAGAUCUUCCGGGUCCAGCCCGAUUCCGAGCCCAGUUGGACUAUUCGGGUCGUCCAGAAUAUGUAUCCAGCUCUCACCAGGGCCGACGGAGAGGAUUCAGUUCCUCCGCCCCUUAAGCAAACAUUGGACGAGGACCUGGAGGUAGUUGAUGAUGAACGAAUUGGUGGGGUAGGGUUCCAUGAGGUGGUGAUCGAGACCCCGGUCCAUUCAGUUCACCUACUUGAUCUUGACCCGGUUCGUCUUGGGGAUGUUCUACUCGCUUAUAAGAAGCGGAUCGACCAGCUCCGGACUCGCAAUUCCAUUCGAUACAUUCAGGUAUUUAAAAACCAUGGAGCCUCAGCUGGUGCCUCAUUGAGCCACUCCCAUAGUCAGUUGAUUGCUCUUCCAAUUCUUCCACCUGCAGUUUCUUCCCGUCUUGAAAGUAUGAAGCAUUUCUUUGAGCAGACUGGGAAGUGCAAACUGUGCGAGGUGCAACCGAAGGAGUUCCUUAUUAAUGAAUCUACUCAUUUCAUAUCCAUUGUUCCAUUUGCUGCUACUUUUCCAUUUGAAGUAUGGAUAAUUCCCAGAGGCCAUUCUCCUCAUUUCCAUGACUUAGACAAUGAGAAGGCUGUUGAUCUUGGAGGUCUGUUAAAACUCAUGCUUUCUAAGAUUUCCUUGCAGCUGAACAAACCUCCAUUUAAUUUCAUGGUUCACACUUCGCCGUUCCAUUUCAAUCCCCCAUGCGAACCCUACAUGCAUUGGUUUCUCCAAAUAGUACCGCAGUUAACUAGUGCUGCAGGAUUUGAACUGGCGACUGGGUGUCAUAUUAACCCUAUUUUCCCUGAAGACGCCGCAAAAGUUUUGAGAGAAGUACAAUUUCUGAGUUAA